GUUUCCUUUAACCAGUGCUGAAGGAGUCAUGCUGCACAGCCUCACUCACUGCAAGGAAGCAGAUGCAUCAGUUUAAUUUAUGAGAACAAAAUGAGCCUAAAAAGCUGGUUUGGAUUUCUGGUCAGCCCAGAGAAUUUGACUUCUUCUCCGGUCAUCUGCAUCGGUGUUGUCGGUACUGUUGUCUCGGGAGCCGUUCUUCUUGUCAAAUACAAGAAAACACAAGCUGAACUCAAGAGGAAGGAUGAAGAGAUUGAGAAGCUCAAAAAUGAGUUGGAGGAAAAUGUAGACUUAGACAGGCUACAAUCACUCUGUUCUAAGAAUGAAUCGUUGGAGAAAGACCUGCAGACCCUGAAGACAGAGCUCGAAGACAGCCAAUCAGAGUUAAAAGACAAAACUGAUGAAGUCAUGAGGCUCUGUGCUGAGAAAGACAGGAGCACAGAAAAUGAAAAGGAACUGCAAACCAUGAAGCUGAGGAUUGAGGACAAGAAUAAAGAGCUGAAUGAUGAAGUAUCAAAACUAGAACAUCUGCUUAAUAAAGAGAAGCAGAGGAGGAGCGAUACUGAGAUGGAAGUGCAAUCCCUGAAAACAAAGGUGGAGACCAACAAUGAAGAGUUAAAAGAAAAAGAUGCUGAACUCUUGAAACUCCGAGCUGAGAAAAAUAGAAGAGAACAAGAUGUGAAGGAGCUGCAGACCAUAAAUAGGAAGCUUGAAGCCGAAAAGAAAGAGCUCAAAGAUGAACUAGCUGAAGUUCAACAUCAGCUCAGGGAACAGCAGCAGAAGAAGAAAGAUGCUGAGAUAACUGUAGAGACACUGAAGAAAGAGCUGGAAACCAACAGUACAAAGGUCAAAGAUUUAGAGGCUGAACUCUUCAAGGUCCGUGCUGAAAAAAAUAGAAGAGAACAAGAUGUGAAGGAGCUGCAGACCAUAAAUAUGAAGCUCGAAGCCGAAAAGAAAGAGUUAAAAGAGGAAGUAGCUAAAUUAGAGCAGAGGCUUGGGAAAGAGAAGCAGAGGUCCUGAAUGAAGGAGCUUGAGACCAAAGGCAUAAAGUUUGAAGAUAAAAUAACUGAAGUCCAGCAGCAGGUAAAAGAUGAACAGCAGAGGAGAGAGGAAGCUGAGCAACAAGUGGAGGUCCUAAAACAGGAGUUGGAAAUGGAAUUUACUUAACAUGUGUAUCUUUGUAAAAUAGAUGCAUUAUUAAUUUAUGAAUUAACAAUGCAUUUUUAUUUUGAACAUCCAUAAUAAACAAAAGCCAAAUUUUAAAAUAAUGAACGGAAUGUGCUCUAAACACUUUUAGAGAGUUGUUUUAUAGUCCUGAGUCUUUACUAGCCGAUUACAUCGGUAUGAUGUCAUAGGCUGUGGAUAUGGUUCAUAUAGUCUGGAUCUAAAAUGCUCAAAUUGUUUCCUCUUUGUUCCUAAACCUCUCUUUGUUUCGUUUUCUCUGUAUAUGUCAUACUAUCCCAGCACUAAAGUAGAAAACUUGAAAUUUGUAGUGUUUUUUUUUUUUUUAAAUUUACAUUAAAAUAUGAAAAAUAUUUGUAAAAUAAAAGCAAGCUGUGACUAAAAGAGAUCCAGAAUUUGUGUCAACUACAGACAGACAGAGCUGUUUCUGUGGCUGGCAUUUUACCCUGAAUUCUGUUGGCUCGCUGGUCUUAAUUUCAAGGCCAUGUUCACAAACAGAAAACGUCAUAAAUAUAAUGAUUUCAUGGUUUGAUAUAUGUAUUUGUAGUGUAUGGUUGAUGGCUGUAUCAAUUUGUCAAAUGUGGCAAGCAUCAGUCAGCUCUUACUGUGUAUUUAUAUUAAUUAACAAUCAUGGCAAUACUGUUGUGACUAUGACAG